AUGUAUGAAAAAGAGAAGAAUAGGCUAUCACAGAUACAUGGUUUGCUAUUUAUAUAUUUAUAUUGUGAAUAUAUUAUCUAUUAUGUAACUCAAAUUCAGUGUGGAUGGCCGUCUCUGAUGAAGAAGCCUAAAGAUGGUUUAGAACCAGUACAUGUAAUGGUUUUAGCUGACACACAUUUGCUUGGCUCCCGUAAUGGACACUGGCUGGACAAAUGGAGAAGGGAAUGGCAGAUGCAUCGAGGUUUUCAGACAGCAAUGACGUUACAUCAACCAGAAUUGGUAUUUGUUUUAGGAGACUUAUUUGAUGAGGGAAAAUGGUGUACACAGAAGGAAUUUAAUAACUAUGUUAUGAGAUUUUCCCAGCUGUUUCAAGUACCCGCUGGAACAACUAUGUAUCCUGUCGCUGGCAAUCAUGACAUUGGGUUUCACUACAGGAUUACACCACAACUGGCAAAUAGAUUUGAGAAGCAUUUGAAUGCGCCUCCAGUCAGUCUCCUAAGCCUUCGCGGGAAUCACUUCGUUCUUAUCAAUUCUAUGGCGAUGGAAGGAGAUGGAUGUUCGCUGUGCUCUCGCGCUGUUGCUGAAAUUGACAGAAUUGCUGAUAUUUUUAAAUGUAGCAGUGGAUCAGCGCUGUGCAAAAGUCAUACAAAACUAGAAGGAUAUAGCCGUCCUAUAAUUAUGCAGCAUUAUCCAUUAUACAGAGAGUCGGAUAGUGUGUGUACGGAACCCGAUGCUGCUCCCUUGCCGGAGAGGAACAAUUUAUUCGAGGAGCGAUGGGACUGCCUUUCCAAGGAGUCAACUGAAUACCUGGUUGAGAGCUUGCACCCACGUGCGGCUUUCGGUGCGCACACGCACCACAGCUGUGUCGUGAGGCAUAGUUUUGUGCCCACAAGUGAUCACAAGAUCGAGUUCAUAGAGUACACAGUUCCAUCGUUUUCCUGGCGGAACAGAUUGGACCCGAAAUAUUAUCUGUUAACGGUGAGCCCUGAUGAAGUGAAAGUGACAAAAUGCGGGAUGCCUCGGGAGUGGACGAUGCAAGUCACGGCGAUAUUUAUGUUGCUGGUUCUUAUUAUCUACUUAAGAUAUUCCAUUUCGGGUCCGACCAGGUCUAACUUCAAAUUAUUGUAA